AUAAACAAACAAAAGUAAACAAGUAAACGCGGUGCGGCGCUUUGUCUAUUAAGUUGUACAAUCAAAAAAGUGCUGGAUCUUCAGAAAAUUUGAUGUUAACUUGCAGACAGCGAAAAGUGUAUAAUGCAAAUAUAAGAUUAUAAAUUAAAACAAUUGUUUUAUGCUAACAAUUCAGAGCUAGUCAAGAUGCUGCCGAUUCGUGCACUUAAUGAUGACUUUGAGGAGGAUAACAGCUGCAGUAACGACACCGAAUUGAAAUUCUCAGGAGAAGCUGAGGAAACCAUAAUUGUUGCGGAAUACAUGAAAGCGUUAAAUUAUGUACAUACAGGCCAACAUUGCAGUGCAUUGCGUCUCUUUCUCGAGCUGCUGGAAACGGAAGCGCUUUCCAAGCAAUUGGAUAACAACCAGGAAAGUAGAUUAUUGUUGGUAAAAUAUAAUUGUUAUCGUAAUAUAGGCAUGCUUUACCAAGAAAAAGGAAACAACAGUUUGGCUUUAGACUACUUAACUCAUGCCAUUGAGCUAGACGACAAUGAUGUUUAUACAAUGUGCUCACUCGCCGAAUUAGCAAUUAAGAAUGGACAAAUUCCAGUUGCCAAGAUAUACUUUGAAAAAUGCCUUGAACGUAACCCGAAUCACUGGCCGAGCGUAGAUGGUAUGCUACAAUUGUUAUUGACAUCAGAAAACAUAAUUGAAGCUUGGUUAUGGGCUAUCCAUUGUCAUAAGAUGGAUAAAAACUACAGAAAGGCAAUCGAUGUGUUACAAGAAAUAAACACUAGAUUUACAUCCAGUCGUCAAUUUAUGGAAAAUCUCCUGAAGGAAAAACUUCCAACCCCAUACGCAGUCGAUGGUGUCAUUACAAAAUACUCAAACUUUACUAAAAGUAAUUGUGCUGCCUUAGUUGAUGGCACUGACAACCGUAUCCAAGCUGACAUUGAUUUUGAAAAGAUUAGAAUUUCGCAAAUAAACUGGACAACCAUAGGUACUUUGAUACUUCAACUUCAUCAGCUUCUGAAGCAAACAGAUCAGAUAAUAAAACAUUUUCAUCUAAGCGAUUGUUUUGGAAAGCCAAUUGAAAAACAGAUGUGGGAUUGCAACGUCGUAGAUGCUCCGUCUUGCCACAUAAUAUCAGAUGAUACUGCGCCAGAAAUAACAGAUGCCAGGAGCUCAACAAACUUAGAUUCAGCAAUGGACAACGAAGCUAAAAGUCGUCGCCGAGGUAGUGAACUAAAAAUUCUAGAGCAAUGGGGCUGGCACAAAAAUCGUCGGUCAACGAAAAGAAAAAGUUUGCAUGAUAGUGCAGAAUUCAUAGAAUCAACUGCUGAUGGAUUUCUGAAGCGGGCAUUGUCGCAAUAUUUUAUGAAAUCGUUCACCGACGAGAAGUCACCAUUUACGGAACAACCAUACGAACAAAGCUCUGCAGAAUCUAGCCAAAAUAUGGUAUCUGCUUCCAAUACAGCAGAAUUGUUUUUCCAAACUGCUAAAGAUGAUUUCAACAGCAUGAUUACUGAAAUGAAUGAACGUGAAAUUGAUUUGUACCUGUUAAUAAACUUAUACCUUCAACAUAUGUCAUUGUACUGGAAUAUCGAAAUGCCUAGUGAAUUACGAUCCCUAUACAUUCAGGUUUACGACGUUUUCGCUGAGUUUGUUAGUCAUGAUACGUGGAAUCAGUUGCAAAUCGAGGAGUUAACAGUGAUAUAUCGAAUGACGCUUUUUUAUGUGGAGUUAUGUCACGACAGCAUAGAAGAGAAAUCUCUCGACAGUAAAAGCUACAAGAGCAGUUUUGAAAAAGAAUUACGCAUUCUUCAAUUGUAUGCAUCUUCUAUACUUUCAAAUUACCUCAUCACAUACCAAUCAAGAAAUUUGUGGCUUAAUUAUGUUGUUGCUAUGUAUGAAAACAAACUUGACCUUGCAUUGAAUAUGCUAGUACAGAUCACCUCACUUGUCGAUGAUCAGCCAGAUUUUGAAGUCCAUUUGCCAAAUCAGCAAUUCAAUAAUUUCUACAACAAAACAAAAAUCCAGAAGAUGAUAGUUUCGAUUAAACGGCAGAUUGAUUUAAACAGUGUAAAGGAUUUGUAUUACACAUCAAGCUACGAUAAAAUUGUUAACAUUCUGGAAGACAGUUUAAUCCACUCUUCAGAUAUUCAAUUCGGAAAAGGAGAUUUAUUAAGCAUUUCGACACAAAUUGAAAUUUUAUUGGAGAGUUUUUGGCAUUUGGAACGUUAUUUGGACUGUCUUGUUUGGGCCGAAAAGUCGUUGAAAUAUGCAGUAGAUCUAUUUGUUUCUAUUCAAAAUGGAAGCUUCUUACGACGAAAUGAUUAUGCAAGGUUAAUAAAUUACGUGUUGCCUUAUAUUCAAGUUUUAAUAGAAAAAUCUGUAGACUGCACAGCUCUUUUCAAAAAUAUGGCACGAUUGAUUCAAAGCAUCCAUAAAUUAUUGACUCAUCUACUUGAUAAUCAACAAGAGAAACAAAUGUUCAAUCAUUGUACAAUAGAGUGUUGGAGAGCUUGGGUUAUCAUAUACUACGUACUACAAAGACAAGACGACGGAAACAUGGUUUGCCGAAAAAACCGAGGGAUCAAAUACGCAACGUCCACGAUUGACACGGAGGAAGAACCGCUGUUCAACUCUAUAAUGUUGUUUUUUGUAGCUCAUGAUCUACUUGGCAGGCGACAAUGGUGUUCAAUAGGAAAUAAUAGAUUUUUGUUCAUGAUGCUGGAUACUAUUGUCCCCAUACUACGCUCUCCAAUGUUUGAACCGUACAGGGAUAUGAUUAAUGAUUGCUUGGAGCAGACUACGUACUGUUUAUAUGGAUAUCCUCCGAAAAAAGGAAGAACUAGGCACCUCCAGGAUCACGAAUCUACAUCGGCUGAUUUAACAUGGGAAAAAGCUGUCCAGUUAUUUGAAAUAUACCGUCCUGACAUUUUACCGGAAUUCAAUUCUUACAAAAUCGAUUCUAUUUCUGCUGACAUGGAGGCUCUUCUACAACAUAUAUUGUUAUUAAUGCCAGAUAUAUAUGCCGUUUCACCUUACACCGGUCCAGUAAUCGAUUUCAUCAAUGGGAAUGCAAACACAUUCAUCAACCAUGAACGCGAUAAUUUGCUCUGUUUACAAAUUCGAUCAAUAUAUUACAUACUUGCCGAUUACUAUUUCAAAAGCAGAGAUUUCAGCAAAGCUAUUAAGUAUUAUACUAUGGAUUUGACACUUGAGCCGACGAGAUUCGACUCAUGGGCUGGAAUAUCUUUAUCGAAAGCCAGUAAAUGUGAAACCAUGCUAAAUUCUGCAGAAGAGCUUAGUUAUCGACCAUUCCUAGAUGAAACCUAUAGUACAAUAAGAUGUUUCAAGCAGUCAUUGAAGUUAAAUCAACAUGAUCCCCAAGUAUGGGUUGAGUACGGAUCAUUUGCCUACAAUGUUAGUGCGUUUUGUUCCAGGUAUAUUAAGCAUGACUCGUUUUCUGUGGACAGUGCAUCUUAUUUAAAAUGUCAACAAACUUAUCAUUUGGGAAUUGCUUAUGAAUGCUUCAACAAAGUGAAUACAGAGUACAGUUUAGAUCAAAAAGAAGAUCGUAAUUUUGAAGCCAAUGAAGACGAGAAAUGGUUGUACCAUUACAUGCUUGGAAAAAUUGCUGAAAAAAAUAAGGAACGACCAGUUGUUUAUCUCACACAUUACCUGAAGGCUGCCAAAUAUCUGUACGAGUGCAGUGCAACAUAUCCCAUAAAGAUAAACCACAGCAAUCCAUCGCAGCUUUCUAUAGAGGCUUUAGAAGUAUUUUAUCGAACUAACGCAGCUAUUAUGAAAUACACAGAAAAACAUUCGUUGAUUUGUAAGCAAGAAGCGGGUUUAUUCAAGAAAAUUUUAAAGGAAUUGACAGUUAGCCCGUUUGCUGUGAAUAGAGCCAAAAUCAGUGACGUGGCUUUGAAAAAGAAGCUAGCGGAACCUGUUGAUGUGCUUCUAAUUGAUAAUAGACUUCCAAUAGCGCACAAAAGUGAUCUCACUUCUAACAUAACUACUGAUAAUAUAAGCUCAUCAACGCUGGACGAAAAAACUUUUGAAAAUAAAGAAACAAAGUACAACAACGACAAAUUGGACUAUCUGUCAAGAAGAGCCUCACAGGAAAGUAACCCCAUUACAAAUACGUCGACAAUAAGCAAUGCUACGAGUUCAAUGUCAUCUGUCUCUGAUUCACAAAGCUCUGGCUCUGAAAGUGACAGUACAACGGACGACGAGCUAUCUAUUACACCUGCUGAUCGUGAUAGUAUCUUCAAAGACUGCAUAAGAAAUUUAGAAGAAUGCGUUAUUCGAUUUCCAGAACAUUAUAAAUCUAUUUACCGUCUUGCGUACCAUUACUUAAAUGCUCCGGGAGAAACCAAAUCUCUUGAAAGAUGUAAUCAGCUUUUACUAGGAUCGUACAAGGCAGCAUUAGGAAACCAUGUUGCUGGUUUAUUCACAGAACGAAGAAGCAAUAACUUCUUCAAUGGCAUAUGGAGAAUUCCUUCUUCGGAUAUCGAUCGACCAGGAAGUUUUUCUACACAUUUGGCCAAAUGCGUAGCAAUCCUUAUUGAAACGUUAAAACGUAAUGAUGAUCAUGAAACCUUGCUUGAACUAGCUAUUCAACUAUAUCGAAGACCAGAUAGCGACAAAGAAUAUUUGAAUGAUUACGAUCGCAACAAAUUGUCCCUUCAGGCCAUACAAACAUGUGUCAUAGUAUAUCAACAUAUUUUGAAAAAAUCUGUGGCUCGAAAAGACGAUACUGCAACGUUGACGCUUCUUGUAGCUAUAUAUAAAGGAUACAGAAAGUGUGUCAAAACCAUGCAGCACAAAGAGUCAUUUAUUUCAGAUGCAUUGAUAGAAGCUUACAAGGUAUAUAUACAAGACAAGGCCAAGCUCCCCGAUUCGGCCAAUUUACUUGACCUUGCUGUAAAACUAUGUACGUACGAAAUCAACUAUCGUAAAUCCAUGGACAAAAUAGUUGGCAAACAAAUGGAGAAAACCAGCAAAAUUAUAAACAUCUGCGCUGAUACACCAUCUACAAUAAUAACGCCAAUGCAGCCGAUCUCUGCGUCUUUCAUUCCAGGGCUGACGAAACAUCGAAAAAUGGUUGUUCCAAAACUGUUAUCCACUUCAAGUGUUUCUCCUCCAGCUAAGUUCGUAUCAGUUGGAUCAUCAUCAAUAAGUACAUCAUCGCUAGCAGGGCUCACAAUAACGCCGGUGAACAUUCCACUUCUAACAUCAGCAGGAAAUGGAGCAGUAACGAAAGCAUCUAACACAAAUGUAUCGUCGUCCUUGUCGGCUGGUACAUCUGAAUUAUUGAAAACUUUUUCGGAUCCUGAAACUAUAUCUGAACUGUCACGAAUGUAUUUUAGCGCAUUAUCUAAUUUAAAUCAGGAUUAUACCAAAACGAAUAAAUGAAAACAGCUAAAGAAAAAUAUGUACUAAAUAUAAAAAUAUAGAAUAAUAAAGUAA